CCCGGCCAUGUAUAAAUUGAUAUGGUAGUUGGUCAAAUAGUUUCAAAUAAAAGUCACUGAGAAAAUUGCUUUUGCCGUCUAGAAUAAUGCGACCAAACAUUGUUUCCGAGGUGGGGUUGUCUACCAGAGCUAGCCAAUGGUGGGAUAGCAUUCCAUUCUUUACCUCAGCAGUUGUGAUUGUCUGUGGGACUAUUUACUUGAUCUGCCUCUUGACCGGAUAUGAUACUUUUAAAGAAGUAUGCUUCUUGCCAUCUGCUGUUGUAUCACAGUUUCAAGUUUACAGGAUUUAUACCUCCGUUAUUUUUCAUGGUUCAGUGCUACAUGUUGUGUUCAACAUGUUGGCUUUCGUUCCUUUGGGUUCUGAAUUGGAGAGAAUCAUGGGCUCCAUCCGCAUGUUGUGCAUGAUAAUCUUGUUAGCUACAAGCAAUGCUAUUUUUCAUCUUAUUAUAGCCUUCUUGGCAGUCCACAUUCCUAUUAAUUCAUUUCAGUAUCUCAUGGAUGAGUGUGCAAUAGGCUUCUCGGGAAUCAUAUUCUCUCUGAUUGUCAUAGAGACAAGUUUGAGUGGAGCACAAUCUAGGAGUGUAUUUGGUCUCUUCAAUGUGCCUGCUAAAUGGUAUCCGUUGAUCUUAUUGGUAAUCUUCCAGAUUGUUUUGUCAAAUGUAUCGUUACUUGGACAUCUAUCCGGCAUUUUGUCUGGAUUUGCAUACACGUAUGGCUUAUUCAACUUCCUCAUACCUGGAACAUCCUUUUACUCUUCCAUCGAGUCCUCCUCUUGGCUUUCCACCUGCAUAAGACGGCCUAAAUUUAUCUUGUGCACUGGCGGAAAUUCUUCAGGCUACAUCCCGACAUAUACUGGCCAGAAUACGAAUUCCAGUGGAUUGUUUUCUGGAACUAUCUGGAGAAACUUAUCUUCAUGGAUUCCACGAAGGGAAACAUCUUCACAGCCAGCACAAGACAACAGGUUCACUGGGAGGGGAAGGACCCUUGGUUCCACCCAAGGUCUUGUUAAUCCAGAUUUAAGUCUACAAGCUAGGCUUCUGGAUAAUAGCAGCCCUGACCACCCAUUAGAUACGCCAUCAAUUGGUACAGGAGAGCAGCUAUCCGAUGGAAGGCAAUCAGCAGUGGAUAAUACUGUUGCCGCAGGCCAUCAGGUUUCAGUCGUCUCGGACAAAGAAAUCCAACAACUUGUUUCAAUGGGUUUUGACAAGACACAGGUAGAAGUCGCUCUGGCAGCUGCAGAUGGAGAUCUUAAUAUAGCAGUGGAAAUCCUCAUGAGCCAGCAGGGGUAAUUCACAAAGCAGUACCACCCAUUUGACAUUUCUAAUACGAAACCCCAACUGCCGUUCAAACUGGCACCGAUUUCAUCUACCCCUGAACCGGUUACAUGAAAUCCGCUCUUGCAGGAGCUGUAUGUAUAGUCGUUCUGACAUGAUCAAUUGAGGUAAGAAACGAAAUAUUUCCAGUGCUAACUAGUUUUAAGAAAAAGGAACAAGAAUGGUUUGUAAAAACAAUUUUUCACCUCAGGAACCUUUGUAGUUUGAUAUAAAGAAAGCGUUUUCUUUGUUUUGUA